CUCCAUCCCCUCCAAACUUGAUCUGCGCUUCUCGUCAUCCGAUUUUCGCAUUUGCAUGACCAGUAUUCCUCUUGAUUGGGUUCGAAAACGUUUUUGACCGGAUUACCCACGAUCUUCGUCGAUUUCUGUUCGUCUUUCCUCCCCUGCUCAGCUCAUUUAACUCAUCAUUCCAUUCUGGCAAUGAAAGCGCAAAUUAUUCUUUUCGCCAUCAUUGCUAUGAUGCGGCUUUCCAAUGGCACUGUUUACGUAGGAGGAGAUUUCUCGAGCUACAUCGCAUCCAACGGAUCAAGAAUCUUUGUUUCGGCCAUUGGAGAACUGCUUACUUCCGAUAUCCUUCAGUUAGGAGAUGGAGUGGAUUUGCAGAAGCAAGUGUCAGCAAUCUCCUACCUUCCACAAGCGCCUCGGUGCGACAGAAACUGCAGCAGCACACAAGCAUGCCUUGUGACGUGUGUGCCUGGAUCUGAUCCGGCUCUCUUCAUCGGAGGAAGCUUCACGAUCGCCAACGGAGCUGAAAUGUAUCGCAUAUCCCGGAUAACCAACGGCAGCAUGCUCGAGACCGACAAGGGUGUGUCCAACACAGUCUACAGCGUGCAGGCACAUGAGACAAGUGGAAUAGUGUAUUAUGGGGGUGCUUUCCUGGACGCGACUGGGGUCCCAGUCGGAUCUGUCACGUCCUGGGAUGGCAAGAACUGGGACCAGAUGGGAGGAGGCGUCUCGUUUCCCUCCACCUGCGAUGCAUCUGGCACACAGCCCGUGAAGGCUCGUAACAUUGCUAUGUGGGACCCUGCAGCAGCCAACGGUGAGGGCAGGUGGUCGUCCCUCUGCGACUCCAACCCUCCCAACCGCUGCGACAUCGAUGGUGUUAGCUACAGGGGAACAUCUGCUCAAGCUGCAAGCCCCGUCUACGUUUUCUCCCUCGCCUAUCACGCGGCAUCCAACAUGCUGUACGUUGGGGGACUCUUCCAGUCAGCGGGGCAGCGAUAUGCUAAUAUCAACUCACUUGCUGCCUUCAGUCUCACAUCCAAGUCCUGGAGCAUCGUAGGGGGAGGCAUCGCAGGUCCGAGCCCUGUCGUACAUGCUCUCUACAUAUCCCCUGGCAGUCAAGAUCUCUAUGUCGCUGGCUCAUUCUCAGCUGUCGGCAAGCAAAACUCUGACGUUCUCAGUGCCGGGCUGAACGCAGGCAACAUCGCGGUUUUCUCUCUCACGUCAGGCUCGUGGAACACGCUCAACGGGGGCAUCCCUGACGCAGACAUCCGAACCGUCGCUGUAGACGGGCAGACGGUCUACUGCGGAGGAAAGAAGCUCUACACCAACCAGCAAUCCGGAGUCAUCGGGAUAUAUAAGGGCGACUGGUCCCUCAUUCGUACAGUAAACCCAUCACUCUUCCCAUCCUCACCUCUCCUCAGGCCUCGACUGGGAUGAGCAACUCGGAGGGUCUGGCUCGGUCAACUCAAUCGUCGCUGUCUCAAAGGCUAUCGCACCGGUCAACCCGGUUCUGGGAUCUGUCAACACAGGAAGGAAGCUUCAGACAUCAUUUCAGCUGCUACUCUUGUGCGCAAGCGUCCUGUUCAGUCACAUCUCAUCCCCCAGCAGCCUUUCUUCAUGGAUUUUAAUCUCAUUUUAAGCUCAAAUUCUCGUUAAUAUCUGCCAUUCGCCUUC